UGAGUUGUGGUAAGUUCUACAUUCAGUACUAUAUUCAGAAAGUGUCAGACGUUUGUUAACGGUUUUGCAACAAAUUCAAAAACAGGCGGUGAAUAAUUAAAAAAACAUGGCUGUACAAAAAGAAGAAGUCGUAAUAUCGGGUGUUGGAGGAGUAUUUCCUGAAUGCGAUACGAUGGAAGAGUUAAAAUACUUAUUAUUUAACAAAACAAAUGGAGUAACAAUCGAUUCAAGAAGAUGGAAACCAAAUGAACUUGGCGCUAUUUCUGGAACCGGAAAACUGAAAAAUGUUAACAAAUUUGAUGCAACGUUCUUCAGUGCUCAUCCUAAACUAGCCGAAGUAAUGGAUCCAAUGACAAGAAUCUUCAUAGAACGUUCAAUUGAAGCGGUUUUCGAUGCCGGUUUAAGUCCAGGAGAUUUACGUGGAACAAAUACAGCUGUAUUUUCUGGUUCAGCUAUCAGUGAAACAGAAAUGUUUACAUUGGACUCCUCUAAAACUGCUGCUUUUUCAAUGUUAGGACGGAGUAGAACAAUGCAAGCAAAUCGCGUUUCAUACAUCCUUAAUUUAAUAGGCCCCAGUUUCACAAUGGACGGAGGAUGGAUUUGUGGGUCAAAUGCUUUAGAAAAGGCCAAACAAAUGAUUGAAAAUGGUUUCAUAUCUUCUGCAAUUGUUGGGGUUACAAAUUUGGCUCUUAGACCAGAAAUACAAUUCCAAUUCCAAGGAUUGAAUAGAUUGAAUCAAAGUUUCCAAACAAAAUCAUUCAGUUCUGAUGCUGAUGGCUAUAACAGAUCAGAAGCUUGUAUUGUUAUGUAUCUUCAAAAAGCAUCUGAAGCAAAACGCUCCUAUGGAACGUUAUUGAGUGUAAGAUCAGUCCAGUUUGGAGACCACGAAGGGCAUAUAACUGAGCACAAUGGAAAUCACUUUAAGUCAUUACUGUUGGAUUCUUAUAAGCAGGCAAACAUCGAUCCAGCUUCUGUAGAAUACAUUGAAGCUUACGGAUCAGGGAUAAAGAGUGAAGAUGCUAUGGAAUUAAAUAUUAUGGAAAAAGUAUUUUGUACAAAACGAAGAAAUAUUCCAUUAAAAGUAGGUUCCGUAAAGAGUAAUAUUGGCCAUUGCGAAGUGUCUGGUCUCUUUAUGUCAAUUAUUAAAGCGAUCAUUAUACUCGAAAGUGGCUAUAUACCACCCAAUAUAAAUUACUCGGAACCAAAUAAAAGUGUAGCAGCAUUAAAAAAUGGAAAAAUUCAAGUAAUCACAGAAAAAACUCUUUUCAAAGGUGACAUCAUUGGAGUCAAUUCUUUUGGUUUUUUAAAUGCAUUUAGUCAUGUUAUUCUAAAAAAGAAUAGUAAAGUAAAAGAGAUAUUCAAAAACAUAGACAGUAAUGAUUAUAUACCAAGGCUUAUAUUAGCAUCUGGCCGGAAUGAAGAAAAUGCUAGAGCGACUGUAAAAAAGAUCAAGUAUCAUGGAAAUGAUCCGGAAUAUUUAGCGUUGACCAAUGACGUGUUUACUGGAAAUAUCAAUGCUCAUUUCUUCAGAACUUUUUCUAUUUUCCCCAACAUAGAUGAAUCACGGAUAGAUGAAGUUUGGAAUGUUAAUAUGAAGAAACGCAAAAUAUGGUUUAUUUUCUCCGGUAUGGGAUCACAAUGGCAAGGAAUGGGAACAGAUCUUAUGAAAAUUCCAGUUUUUGAUGAUGCCAUUAACAAAUGUGAUAUUAUACUAAAACCAAAAGGAGUUGAUAUCAAGAAUAUUUUGACCAGUCAAAAUCCAAAACUUUUUGACAACAUUCUCAAUUCAUUUGUCGGAAUCGCUGCAGUUCAGAUUGGAUUAGUAGAAGUGUUGAGAGCAUUAGACAUUACUCCCGAUGGGAUCAUAGGCCACUCGGUUGGAGAAUUGGGAUGUGCCUACGCAGAUGGUUGUUUUACGGCUGAAGAAAUGAUAUUAGCUGCUUACGCCCGAGGUCAAGCUACUCUAGAAACAGACGUCAUUCCUGGCAUGAUGGCCGCCAUUGGACUGGGAUAUGACCAAAUCAAAGACAAACUUCCCCAUGACAUUGACGUCGCUUGUCGUAAUAGUGCCACUAGCUGCACAAUAUCUGGUCCUGUUGAAAGUAUCAACGAGUUCGUGUCAAAACUAAAAUCCGAAGGUGUCUUCGCAAAAUCCGUCAACGUUGCUGGCAUAGCGUUUCACAGUAGAUAUAUUCAAUCCGCUGGUCCGACUCUACUUAACUAUUUAAAAGAUGUGAUCAAAGUACCAAAGAAAAGGUCGUGUAAAUGGCUUAGUAGUUCGUUGCCAGAAACUGAAUGGGAGUCUGACCUCGCAAAAUAUUCUUCUCCAGAAUAUCAUACAAACAAUCUAUUGAGUAGUGUGUUAUUUGAGGACGUUCUAAAACACAUACCUAGUGACGCCAUAGUAAUUGAAAUUGCUCCUCACGGUCUUCUACAAGCAAUUUUAAGAGAAGCAUUACCUGAAACAGUGACCAAUAUACCACUAACAAAAAGGAUGUUUGGUGAUUCAAUUCGAUUUCUACUUACUGCUAUUGGAAAAAUGUAUACAAAUGGCGUUAAUCCGAAAAUCAAAUAUAUUUAUCCAAAAGUUACAUUUCCUGUUAGCCGAGGUACUCCUUGUAUUCAAAGUUUGCCUUUUUGGGACCAUAAUGAGCAAUGGACAACUGUUGUAACUAAUUCACAAAUACAUGGAUUCUUUGGUGAAAGAACGACAUCAAUAAUUAUUAAUGAUAGUAUUCAUCUAAUCAAGUACCAAAUCCAUGGUGUCCAUAUUAUACCAUUUGCUUAUAUGCUGGCAAGUAAAUUGAUUCCAUACAUAUUUAUAUUUAGAUAUUCAUUUUACUAA